AUGACUCUCCCACAAGACCACCUGGAAAGGGUUUACGCUGGCGUCAUCGGCAAGGUCGUGGGCGUUUCUCUGGGCCGACCGUUCGAGGGCCUGCCACGAGAAGCAAUCCUCUCGAAGCUAGGCUAUGUUCGAUACUAUGUCAACCACAAGAUUGAUUCUCCCUUGUUCAAGUCUGGCUCAAGGCCUCUGAUUGUGACGGACGAUGAUGUGACCUGCACUUUUGUCAUGGUGCGAGCUCUGGAAGAGCAUGGGAUGAAGGCGAAUCUGUCAUCGGAAGAAAUAGGCAAGACUUGGCUCAACCAAACUGUCGAGAACAAAAGCAUAUUUUGGUGGGGCGGCAGAGGGAUCUCAACGGAGCAUACGGCGUACUUGAACUUAAAGGCUGGUAUUCCAGCGCCUAAAAGCGGAUCAAUCGAGCAAAAUGGCAAGAUCGUCGCCGAGCAGAUUGGAGGCGAGAUCUUCAUCGAUGGCUUUGGAUUGUGCUGCCCAGGUAAUCCUGAUCUGGCUGCAAAGCUCGCGAAGGAAGCAGCUUCAGUCAGUCAUGAUGGUGAAGCCGCGUACGGAGCAAUGUCCUGGGCCGCAAUGGAAGCCGAAGCGUUCAAUUCGAAGGAUGUCGAUCAUCUCAUCGAUACGGGCCUACGAUUCAUCCCGAAAGACAGCGAUAUUGCCAGAUCUACUGCAGACGUUCGUCAAUGGGCGAAGAUAGAUGGCGACUGGGAAAAGACCCUCACCCGCAUUCAGGAGAACUACGGCAUGCACAUCUUUAAAGGCGCUUGUCACGUCAUACCGAACCAUGCUAUCAAGAUUUUGAGUCUGCUGUAUGGCGGACACUCAUUCGAUGAAGGCAUCCACAUCAUUGUCACCUGCGGGUGGGAUACAGAUUCUAAUGGCGGCAACAUGGGCGCUCUACUCGGCCUCAUGCACGGUCUCGAUGGUUUCGAGACUGGUCCUGAUUGGAGAGGCCCGCUAGCUGAUCGUGCGGUCAACUCGAGUGCAGAUGGAGGAUACUCUAUUAACAACUGUGCACGCAUCGCCUACGACCUUACAAAUUUUGGACGCCAGCUUGCUGGAGAAUCGCCUUUGCCACCACCUAGAAGCGGUGCUCAAUACCACUUCUCGCUCCCUGGCAGCGUUCAAGGCUUCAUGCAACAGAACGAUGAUCGACCUCACGGUCUUGUUGCUGUCGAGCAGGGACAAGGACCCAAUGGACCUGCUUUGGCUAUUGGACUAGCAGGACUGAGCAUUGCAAAUGAUCCUGUCGAGGUCAUGACCGACACGUUCAUGUCUGAAGAACAGUUGCCUAUCCCGUCGCACUAUACUCUUCAAGCUUCUCCGCUGCUGUAUCCUGGCCAAAAGGUGAAGGCAGUGGUGACUGCUGACGCUACUGAGGAUCAGACUGUCAAGGUGACGCUUCGUCUCAAACACUAUGGUGAUGCGAAGGCCCUCGUUGUCGUGGAUGGACCUUCUUCAGCCUUAAAACCCGGCGCAAGCGAGACUCUCGAAUGGACGAUUCCGGACACACUCGAUCAUCAGCCCAUCUACAAGAUUGGACUAGCUAUCUCAACCCCCAGUGCAAAGCGGCUCAAAGGCACUGUCUGGCUGGACUAUCUCAAAUGGACUGGUACGCCCAAUACCACCUUUGCCACUCCCAAGAAGAUAGCAAAGAGCUGGCCGCCACCUCCUGAUCAACCAUGGCGCCGUGCUUGGAUCGAUAGCGUCGAUACUUUCCCCUCGAACUUUUCGAACUUCGUUGCUUCCAAGUCGUACGGUGAGGGAGGCAUCUUCACUGGCUGCCGAGACUGGUUCGAUUACAAGUUGACUCUCUCCGAUCUCAUUAGCAACAACGAAGGACCAUGCGGGCCGUGUGCGAGAUACAGAGGGCUGAGAAGAUGGUAUGGGCUAUUGUUCCAACCAGGCAAUAAAAUUGCGCUUGUCAAGGCCCGUGAUGACGAGAGGAUCGAGUUGGCCAGCAAGAGUCUCGAGUGGCAAGUUUGCAACGCAAUAGAUGUGGCGAUCGUUGCGAAGGGGAAGAAAUUGCAAGGAUACGUUGGCGGUCAACUUGUGCUGGAAGCUGAGGACGGGGAGUAUGGCUCUGGUGGGAUUGGCUUGAUCAUCACCAAUGGUUCUGCUAUGGUCAAAGAGUUCAAAGUCGAGCCGGUGGAGGAUGGGGUGAAGAGCCAUUUGUGA